UGAGAGGUAUCGUGUUGAAGAAAAUCAGUGUGUUAGAAGCUGCAGGAGACCUAAACACAGUCACCAUGAAGCUGGGCUGUGUCCUCAUGGCUGGGGCCUUCUACUUUUCUCCUGUUAUGCUCUGGGCAGCCCAGAUGCUACUGGUCACAGCAUCAUUUUCUGGUUCUUCUCGGACCAUUCCCUCCUCAGCUGCCAGUUUUGAGGCGCUCCAGUGCGAAGGACCUGUCAGCACCCAGGAGAGCAGCUGCCACACUGAGGAUGACUUGACGGACCCAAGGGAAGUCGACUUCCAGGUCAAGGGCUACACUUUCAGUGAACCCUUCCAUCUGAUUGUGUCCUACGACUGGCUGAUCCUCCAAAGUCCAUCCUGGCCUAUAUUUGAAGGAGACCCUCUGGUUCUGCUCUGCCAGGCCUGGCAAGACUGGCCACUGACCCAGGUCACCUUUUACCAAGAUGGCUCAGCCCUGGGUCCCCCUGGACCUAACAAGGAAUUCUCCAUCGCCGUGGUGCAAAAGGCAGACAGUGGACACUACCACUGCAGUGCUAUCUUCAGGAGCCCUGGUCCUGGGAGCCCAGAAACGGCAUCUCCCGUGGCUAUCACAGUUCAAGAACUGUUUCGAGCCCCGGUUCUCAGAGCCACACCCUCAGCUGAACCCCAAGAGGGAAGCCCGGUAACCCUGAGCUGUCAGACAAAGCUGCCCCUGCAGAGGUCAGCUGCCCGCCUCCUCUUUUCCUUCUACAAGGACAGCAGGACAGUGCGCAGUAGGGGCCCUUCCUCAGAAUUCCAGAUCCCCACUGCUUCAGAGGCACACUCUGGGUCCUACUGGUGUGAAGCAGCCACUGAGGACAACCAAGUUUGGAAACAGAGCCCCAAGCUGGAGAUCAGGGUGCAGGGUCCCUCCAGCUCUGCUGCACCCCCCACCUUGAAUCCAGCUCCUCAGAAAUCAGCUGCUCCAGAAACUACUUCUACGGAGCCCCCUGGGCCUCUGCCUCCACUGCCCACCCCUUCUUCUAAGGAUCUGGGCUCCUCUUCUCCUCUGCAGUUCCCAGAUCCCCAUCUGCAUCACCAGAUGGGUGUUCUCCUCAAACAAAUGCAGGAUAUGAGGGUCAUCCUUGGUCACCUGGUCAUGGAGCUGAGGGAAUUGUCUGGCCACCUGAAGCUUGAGACCACAAAGGGUCCUGCCAAAUAUGAGUAAACGAUUCACCUGCCGUGUUGCUCAACUACCCCCAAUAAAUCCAACUCUUUCUAUUUUUCCUCUUUCUGUUCCAUACUUAAGCAUAAGUAGUCUUACAAGUUGCCCAGUGUUUUGUUAGAGUAACAGGGAUAGGUGAGUAUAAAUAAAUGUGUACAAAGUGAUAAUUGGAAUUUAGCUAUAAUUGUAUAUUUUCCCUUAACAUGACAACAUAUUCCUGCUCUAUCUAGACCAGGAGUUGCCUUCUGUUGCCCAGACCAGAAUCUGGUGAUUGAAAGAGAAGCAAUGAGAUGAUAGAUUUAAUGCAGCAAUCUCAACCAAGGGCAAUCCCUCCCCACCCUAGGGGACAUUUGGCAACGUCUGGAGAAAUUUUUGAUUGUUACAUUGAGGGGAGGGUGUGCUACUGGUGUCUAGUGAGUAGAAGCCGGGGAUGCUGCUAAACAUCCUAUAAUACACAGAACAGCCUUCCACAACAAAGGAUUAUCUGGCCCAAAAUGUCAAUAGUGCUGAGGUUGGGAAACCCCAGCCUAACGGAGGUGUUGGACUCUGGGAUGGACCUUUGCUUCUUCUACUUAUUCUCUCCUCCUAGCCUUAUUCAGCAAAUAUUAAUUACUGGUAUUUUGUUGGCCUCUGCUACAUACCCAAGUUGAUGCUAUGUUAAGUAUACCCAUAAGACAGUGUCUCUGUCUAUAGAAAGUUUACAGUUUGGGAUGGAGGGGCAGUGAUACUCCUACCCAUUAAACAAUUAAAGCAGGGUAUAUAAAAAUUUCCCAUAGGAUCCUACUGGACUCAGAAACAUGUGAUCGAGUAGAACAAUGCCAGAUCAGCAAUUAUUUGAUGUAAUCCAUCUCUGAAAUAUUUUUCUUUAAAAAUAUACAUAAAUCUAUUUUGGUACCAUA